UCUUAUCUGAUCACUGCGCAAAUUAACGUUAUGGAGGGCAGUGACGCAAACACUCCUCUCUCACAAUCCCCCACUAAUUCCUCCUCUUGGCCUCCCACCACCCCACACCCCCAAGUGAUCGCCAGCCCUUGUGCUGCUUGCAAGAUUCUGAGGCGUCGAUGUGCCGACAAAUGCGUCUUGGCUCCCUAUUUCCCUCCCACCGACCCUGCCAAGUUCACCAUCGCCCACCGCGUCUUCGGCGCCAGCAACAUCAUCAAGUUCUUGCAGGAACUUCCCGAGAGUCAGAGAGCUGAUGCGGUGAGCAGUAUGGUGUACGAGGCAAGUGCGAGAAUAAGAGACCCCAUAUAUGGUUCCGCUGGUGCAAUAUGCCAGCUUCAGAAGCAAGUCAAUGAGCUUCAGGCGCAACUUGCCAAGGCUCAAGCGGAGCUCGUCAACAUGCAAUUACAGCAAGCCAAUCUGGUGGCUCUGAUUUGCAUGGAAAUGUCGCCGGCCUCUUCCACUCCUCAGGAAUCUCAAUCGCCUCAGCAUUCCGUGGACGAUUUCAUUUCCACUCCUCCCCACACCAGCGCUUAUCAGAGCAAUCUCAACUUCUUCGACGACAACGCCGGCUUUAACUCUCUUUGGGAGCCGCUGUGGACAUGAUUAUAAACUUUUUAUUAAUUAUUAAUUUCUCAUUCUUAAUUAGCAUAGUCUUAUUAUUAUAAUAUAAAGUCAUUUGAUAAGUGUUUCCGAUGACACUCUACUAAGGAGAAGUUGAAGGAAACAAGGUCAAGGCAGUUGGCUAGGGACCAUAUGAAGUUGGGUUAUGAGGGGCGGCAAAAUUUGGAGGAAAGUGCUGUAAUAUGGAAUUCAAUUCAAUCUUGUACCUCUGAUCUCUGCAAUUGCAGCAUUGGAUAGGAAGGAAAAAGGCCUGUCGUGUUUCAGGGUCGCUCUCGUGCGCUGAUUUUUUGAAUCUUAAACACCUUUUUGGUCACCUAAUAUUAAUCACUUUUGAAGGUUGGUGUUUCCUAAAUGCUUAAUUCCUUGUCAAAGUACGCUUUUGACCA